CUUGUAAAACGUUUACCUUCCAAACAUACAGAGUAGACAGACAGUAUACUACGAAUAGGAUAUUUCUAAAUUGCUAUUAUUAAAGCCGCGUUAAGUACAGGCCAAUGUUAUGUCAUAUUAACACAUUUAAACGUGUGUAGGCUAAUGAUUCCACAUUCUCAUGAAGGUGUGAAAGAAGUGGACCGCCAUAGCCUAUAAUAUUGAAUAAUAUUCCUUCAUGUAAAAAUUCAGUCAAAACAAUAAAAGCUGGUCUACACUGAAACACGUUCGUUCUCUUAUCUUGGGCAGGUGUCUUAUUUACAGACGGCGCCUGUGCAGGGAGUUCCUCCUCUUGUUUCUUGUGACUGAUGCAAAAAUAAGCAGCAUCAUCCCGACCGGACGCCAGCGAUAAGGAGCAUUUAAGAGUUGUGGUUGCAUGACUUCAGCCCCUGAGACUUAGGCCUUGGCUCACUCAUGGUGGAUUCUGAGUUUGUGAUGAGGGUGCCCCCUCUGGAUGGGAGGGAUAUGGAGCUGGAUGUGCUGGGCUUCCUGGACUCUCUGGGGGAGGACAACACCACAGCAGCAGAGAGGUGCUACCGCUCCCACUCCCGCAGCAGUGUCCUGCAGGGCCUGCCUUUUGGAGGGGUGCCCACGGUCCUCGCCAUCAAUGUUGUCCUGUGGCUGUUUCUUUUGCUGAUCUUUUCCUUUUUGAGGAAGGCUGCGUGGGACUAUGGCCGUCUGGCUCUAUUGAUGGAGAAUGACAGUCUCACGUCCCUGUUCUACGGAGAGCAGAGUGAGAAGGAGAAGUCCCCGUCAGAGUCCAGCCCGUCAGACUCAGACACCAAGGACUUGGGCUUCUGCUCUUGGCUUACAACACUUUACCAUAUGAAGGAUGAGGAGAUCAGGAGUAAGUGUGGUGUCGAUGCUACGACCUACCUGUCCUUCCAGCGCCACAUCAUCCUGCUCAUGACUGUGGUCUGCCUGCUGUCUGUGGCCAUCAUCCUGCCUGUCAACUUUUCCGGAAACCUCCUAGGGGAUAAUCCUGAAAAUUUUGGAAGAACGACUGUGGCUAAUCUUUCUGCGAAGGACAGCUUCCUGUGGCUCCACAGUAUCUUUGCUCUGCUCUACUUCAUCAUCACAGUGCUGUGUAUGGCCCACCACUCCUCACGCCUGGAGUACAGAGAGGACGAGAAGGUGGCCAGGACUCUCAUGAUCACCAGCAUCCCCAGAGAGAUCUCAGACCCAGGCCUCAUCACCAAACACUUCCAUGAGGCCUACCCCAGCUGUACUGUCACUGACCUCCGCUUCUGCUUCAACGUACACAAACUGAUGAGGCUUGACUCUGAGAGACGAAAGGCGAUGAAAGGAAGGCUGUAUUUUGCUACUAAGGCCCAGAAGGAGGGGAAGAUCAUGAUUAAGACCCACCCCUGUGCUACCAUCUUCUGCUGUGAUGUGUGCGGCUUUGAGCAGGUGGAUGCAGAGCAGUACUAUAGUGAGUUAGAGGAGAAACUGACUGAUGAGUUUAAUGCAGAGAAGCAUCGCAUCUCGCUCAUGAGGCUGGGCAUCGCCUUUGUGACCUUUCGGGACGAAAGGAUGACUGCUGUUAUUGUCAAGGACUAUAGCAGGGUCCGUUGCCGUCAGAAACCCCAGCAGUCAAGCAUCACCACGGUAGUUCAGUCUCACAGGUGGGGUGUAGACUACGCCCCGGCACCAAGCGACAUCAUCUGGGAGAACCUCUCAGUGUGUGGCUCCCGCUGGUGGCUCCGCUGCGUCCUGCUCAACAUCCUCCUCUUCCUCAUCCUCUUCUUCCUCACCACUCCCGCCAUCAUCGUCAACACCAUGGACAAGUUCAACGUCACCCGGCCUGUGGACAGCCUGAGGAGCCCGAUCAUCACUCAGUUCUUCCCUACUCUAUUGCUCUGGGCGUUCUCUGUCCUGCUGCCCUUCAUAGUCUAUUACUCUGCCUUCUUCGAGUCUCACUGGACCAGAUCCAGUGAGAACCAGAUCACGAUGCACAAGUGCUUUGUACUGUUGGUGUUCAUGGUGAUCAUCCUGCCCUCGCUGGGUCUCUCCAGUCUGGAUCUGUUCUUCAGGUGGCUGUUUGAUGUCAACUUCCUGGAAGACAAGGAUGUUAAAUUGGAGUGUGUGUUCCUGCCUGAUAACGGCGCGUUCUUUGUAAACUACGUGAUCACGUCCAGCCUGAUCGGCACGGCCAUGGAGCUGCUGCGCAUCCCAGCUCUGAUGGUGUAUGCUCUGCGUCUCUGUUUGGCCAAGCCCGGGGCCGAGCGCAUCCACGUCAAACGGAGCCAGGCCUAUGAGUUCCAGUUUGGUCUGGAGUACGCCUGGACCAUGUGCAUCUAUGCUGUUAGCAUGACUUACAGUAUCACCUGUCCCAUCAUCAUGCCCUUUGGGCUGCUCUACCUGAUCCUGAAACACAUGGUGGACCGUUACAACAUCUACUAUGCCUACGUGCCCACCAAGCUCAACCAGCGCAUCCACACUGCAGCCAUCAGCCAGGUCAUCGUGGCGCCCAUCCUCUGCAUGUUCUGGCUCCUGUUCUUCUCUGUGCUCAGGCUGGGCCCAAUGUGUCCCAUCACCCUCUUCACCUUUGUGUCGCUGCUCUCCUGCCUUGUCUUUUCCCUCUUCGGCCUAUGCCUUAGGAAACAGCCUGACAAGUCAUCAAGCUACCAGAUGUUUGACCAGAUGUCUGCUGACCAGCCAGCAGAAGGGGCCUUCACUGAUGCAGAGAGAAGCUCCACCCCCUCCAAUCUGUUUGUGGCAUCUGUGUUGCUGGAGCCAGAGCUAGGCCUGACCCCCAUGCCCUCUCCAGCUCACCAGAGCUACGGGACCAUGGCCAGCUCCCAGGACAGAGAGGAGCAAGAGGAGGAAGACGACCAGGUUGAGACUGUCGAGACCAAGCUCCAGGACCCUCCAAACCCCUAUUACUCCAGCCCCCUCAUGGAUAGCCCAGUGGGCUACCAGUGACUCAGACCCCUAUUACUCCAGCCCCCUCAUGGACAGCCCAGUGGGCUACCAGUGACUCAGACCCCUAUUACUCC